ACGAGAAUUUUCGUGUAAUAAGACAGUUAGAGUCACCGGUUCUCGGCGUUUGGAGAUUCGGGACAUCUCUCGAGUUAAGUUAAUUAUUUCAAGCCUUUCAAAUCCAGAACAAACAUGGCUGUAAAUGUGUAUUCAACUAGCGUAACAACAGAAAACCUUAGUAGACAUGACAUGUUGGCGUGGGUCAAUGAUUGCCUCAUGUCAAGCUUAACGAAGAUUGAGGAAAUGUGCACAGGAGCUGCCUAUUGCCAGUUUAUGGAUAUGCUUUUUCCAGGAUCAAUGAUGGUGAAAAAAGUCAAGUAUAAAACAAACCUUGAGCACGAAUACAUCCAGAACUUCAAACUCCUUCAAGGAUCUUUUAAAAAAAUGAAUGUCGAUAAGAUCAUCCCUGUGGACAAAUUGAUCAAGGGUCGCUUCCAGGACAACUUUGAAUUUCUCCAAUGGUUCAAGAAGUUCUUUGACGCCAACUAUGAUGGUUCACCAUAUGAUGCACUCGAAGCUCGCGGUGGCGAAGUUUUGGGUCUUGGGCCAGCAACGCAAGGUGGAUCCCAGUCUCAUUUGGGAGGAUCGGGUCGGCACUCGCCGUCGACGGGGUCUUACUCGCGACAGGCUUACAACAAGCCUGCCCCUCACAGAACUGCUGCCCGGCCUGCUCCUCCUAGGAAUAAUUCCACUCCAGCCUCCAACAUGACAAGUGCAGCUCGAGGAGGUGCAACUGUUGGAAUGAAUUCGGCUGGAAAGAUCCAUGAAGCCAAGAUCGAAGAGUUGAAUUCUUCGAUUAUGGAAAUGAAAUUAACGCUGGAGGGCAUGGAAAAAGAACGUGAUUUCUAUUUCGGAAAACUUCGCGACAUUGAGCUAUUGUGUCAAGACAUCACUCAAGAAGAUAAUCCCAUCAUUCAGAAAAUUUUGGCGAAGCUUUACGCUACCGAAGAUGGUUUCGCAGCUCCCGAAGAAGUCGAAGGCGUUCCUCCCCCGGAAGAAGAGUAUUAAUUCAAACUGGAUUUGUUCCGAUUUGCUAUUCCUUCCCUCCCUCUUCGCCACCUUUCAAUUACUUUCCUUUGCACUUUUUUCGCAACUUACAAGUAAAAUCCCAUUCUUUUAUCUAAAGGCGAUUAUUACAUUUUUGUGAUGUUUGAAUCGUUUCGUUGCGUUUUCUCCUCUAUUUGCCCUCUUCAUGAGAUUCACAAUAAAAAAAACCUGCUCGCGUAUGCAUUUUGAACAUUUGUGUAGCAGGCUCAUGGCUAUUAACGUACUGCAUGGAUCGGGAAAAAGCUGCCAUUCUGUGGAGGAGUGUGGUCAGUAUAGGGAAUAAAACAGUUUCUUUACUUGUUCCAUUACCGGAAAUACAAAUUAUUCACAAAUA